AUGAAGCCAUGCAAGUUUACUAGGUUUGCGAAAGAACUCCGGCUACGCAUCAAAAGAGAAAUCAGAGAGGGUACUUUCCGAAUUGCAACCACCAUAAUCCUCUGUUUAUUCAUGGCAUUCUUCGUUGUUCUUGUCGGAUUGUUUAUCAAUGUUCGUGUUAAGAAAUUUCUAGUUUCCGAGGAUUCGUAUUACCCUCCACUCAAUGCUUUCUCUCCGCUCUCUCCUUUUCCCACAUCCUUCCGUUUCUCAUGCAAUUCUUCUUCUUCUUCACAUUCUUCAACAAACAAUGGUGGUUUGAGAGAAUGGGUAGCUCCUAAGAACUUGUGGCACUCGAUGAACGAUGAAGAGCUGAUGUGGAGAGCAUCAAUGGCACCGGGAAUCGCAGAGUUCCCAUACAAUCGGACCCCAAAAGUGGCAUUCAUGUUCUUAACAAGAGGGAGAUUGCCACUGGCACCACUCUGGGAGAAGUUUUUUAAAGGACAUGAUGGACUCUUCUCCAUAUACGUACACACCUCAUUGGAGUUCACCGGUGCGCCCCUAGAAUCAUCGGUCUUUUACCAGCGAAUAAUACCUAGCCAGGUCAAAAUCAUCCCAAUCUAUCACCAUAAACUCGAAUUUGUACACAAAAUAAAAACAGGGUAG